AGCUAGUUCUAGCACAGCCCACCAACCGACCCGACGGCAGGAUAAAACCAACGAGCACCCCGUCGUGAGCAACCAGACCGAUUUGGUACGCGCUGCCGAACGGAAAACCUUUCGAACCGGAGGAAAACCUUCUUUUUGCGGAGCCUUUGGGCCGGUCUUGUGAUUGUGAGUGUGUUGCGCGGUUAUCGCGAUACGGUUCCCAAACGGAGUGUGUCCAGCUCCAGCUCGACGCGGAAUUCGUGCGUUUGUAUCUGUGGGGUUGUGAGAGAAAGGAAGCCAAGUGUAAACCAGCCAGCCAGUUACCGAGAGCUCUCAGUGUCAGAGUUUGGCCGUUAUUGUUACGUCCUUCGUGCAGUGAUUUUUUGGUCCCACCCUACCAUACGUAUAGCUGAUUUUGUCGUUCGUCCCAUACAGCACCACCCAUCAUAAAGAAGAAAAAAGCAGUGCGAGGCCAGAAGCCAGUGAAAAACGUGAGCAAGGGAGGAAAAUUUCCGCCGGUGAAAAGAGUCGGGAAAAAAGCUUGCACAAAAGCUAAUAAAUAUUCAGUGAGAUAAAGCGUAACAAGAGCGGACGACAAAAGCAGACGAGAGUGAAAGGAAGCAAAAAAGGAGUAAAUUAACUUUGUACAACAGAAGCACAGCCGGGCUCGGGCGGAAAUUGGUUUGUCCAAGUGGGGACGAAGAAGAAGAAGAAAAAAAAAACGUCACACGACCGAGGACGACGACAGACGACGACGGCGGCCACUUCAGGUAAAGCUUCUUUAGUGGAUCGACGUGUGAAAGCCUGCGAGAGAGACACAGCUGAAAGAGGAAAGAGCAUCUUCUCAGAGUCCGUUGAUUGUAGCGACCCAUCUUUCACAUCGUAUAUCACCGUGUCCCCGAGUAGGAAAAUCUGUCUGGCAGAGUGACAUCUGCCAACUUGCGAAGGCGAAACGACCCUCAUUUCCUUUUGCGCAAUCUUUGCCGGCAAAAGGGUUGGUGGUAAAUUUUUAAUAAUCACACCGGAAAAGACUCAAUCCUACACACAACUUAGGACAAGGUGUAAGACAGCCUUUUAAAGAACCAACCCAAACAGCCCGAAAACCGUGAAAAGAUGGCAAGCAUGGUUCAACCGUCGACGGCGGCACGGUCGCAACAGGUGCUUCAGUCUCAACAGCACCAGCAGCAGCAGCAGCAAAUAGCUAUCGAGAUAGCUGCCGAGCCGGUGCCACAUCCUCCGCAGCAAAUCCACCAUCACCAUCAGGAGCUACAGGCUCAUGCCCUGCUAGUCCAGUGCCAGCAGCAGCAGCAGCCCCAAUCGCUGCCGACGCCGAACGUUGACAUCGUACUGCGGGAGUCUACCCGCGCCAAUCUGAUCAGUCGGAAGAAAUCUUCCGGCGCCGGGGAGCACCACCGAAGGAGCGGCAAGUCCAAGGACGACAAGAACGAGGGGAAAUCCGUGUACCGAAAGUUCUUCAAGCGCAUCAAGACGAUACUGGAUGGAGCGGAUCCCACCACGAGCAGCAAACCUGAAGCGGAAGAUUUGCCGGUGCCCCAGCGCUACUACCCGGACUCGCUGGUGGAGCUCACGAAAACCGCCCGCUUCACCGAGGACGAAAUCAAGCGAAUAUACCGCGGCUUCAAGGCGGAGUGCCCCACCGGAAUCGUCAAGGAGGACACCUUCAAGGGCAUCUACUCGCAGUUUUUCCCGCUCGCGAGUAGUGGCCAGUACGCACACUACGUAUUCAACUCCAUCGAUCUGGACCGCAAUGGGUCAUUAAGUUUCGAGGAAUUUGUGGCCAACUUAUCGAUUCUGCUGCGGGGCACCGUUGACGAGAAGCUCCAGUGGACGUUCUCGCUGUACGACAUCAACGGGGACGGCUGCAUCACCAAGGAGGAGAUGAAGGAGAUUGUGACGGCCAUCUACGAACUGAUGGGGAAGGUCCCCGAGGGAUGCGACGAGGAGCAAGCCAUCAAGGAGAAAGUCGAACGGCUAUUCGAGAAAAUGGACCGCAACUGUGACGGAAAAAUCACCCUGGACGAGUUCAUCGAGUGCUGCACCACGGACGAAAGCAUCCGCCGUUCGAUAGCCGUAUUUGAUACCAUCUUUUAAGAGGCUAGAUGGAGAUCGAUCGUCGCUGCAAUCGACGACGAUGAUGAUGAUGAGCUUUCUUGGAAGGUUAAACAAGUGAACAAAAGCAUAGAGUAACCAAAAGUGAUAGGACAUGUGAACCGCACAAAAGAGAAAAAUGUUUUCCUUGCUGACCAACCACCACCAUCCCAUCAGGAGAGACCAGAGCAACCGAGCUAAACUUGUGUUUCUCACACGCACUCUAGUAGUUCUACCACCAGGCUUUCGCUUUUGUGUUAGAAAGUUUUGCGUUGUUACAACUUCGGUGCCGCAUGGGAAAACUGGUAGAUGGUAGAGUGGUAAAACAUGACCAAAAGCUUCCUUCCUGUAGUUGCACUUGUUUGGUUGCUAAUCUAAAGGUACUAGGUGCAUCAGGUUGACCCCUGUUCGGCUAUAUAAUUUUGAUGAAAUUAAGUACCAGCUAUAGCGAAGAAUAACGCCUAUUGUAAUCUAAUGUAUGUGCAUCACAACGAACUAUGUAGGUCUUUCGGUAAAAAGCGAACAACUAGAAGCACAUUAAACUCUGAAGAAUUGAUAGUCGUCGAAAAUUGGGACGGGAUUUCACAAACCACGGCUACUGAUAGGUAGAAGUUCGAAGAAGUAAAAACAGGCAAGCACCGUAAAGCAGGGGAACAUCGUUCGAUAUUUCUACCUUAUUUGUGAUAUAAUAAUUUACAACUGGAUGCUCAAUAUCACCCCGUAUCACGGCACACAGUUUCAUUGUCGUACGUUACCAGAAGGAGAAGAUGAGCUUUUGUAUCACACUGAGCCUCGUGUCGGGCUGAACCGUGUGGUGGGCUCUAUACAGCAGUCAGUGCUCAGCUGUAUAGUCGCAUGUACCUACUGCUGCUGCUGCAAAGAUUAAACUCUAAUCUUGCUUUUGAUAAAUUUUCUGUUCCCGCUGAGAUGACAAAGAGGCAGAAACUGAACAGGAUUUUCAGCACUAAGCUAACAAUUAGUUUUACGGCUUCGUAGUUUGGGCUUCCUUUGAGUGCGAGUGGCAGAUGGAAGGAGAAAAGCUCAUCGUUAUCGUGUUCAGUGGGUCUGAAAAGGCUUCCAAAUUUUUGUAAAUUUUUUUCUGAGAUCUCUUCAAGGUUAUUUGUUCUACAAGUCCUCUGAAAAUUCUUUCAACGAUUUCUGCGAUUGCUUCUAAGGUUGCUUCAGAAAUCCUUUUAAGAUUUCUCCGGAAACACUUUGAGGAUUUCUCCGGAAAUCCUUCAAGAUUUUCUCUUGAAAUCUUUCGAGGAUUUCUCCGGAAAUCCUUUGAAGAUUUCUCUGGAAAUCCUUAAAAGAUUUCUCCGGAAAUCCUUCGAAUAUUUUUCCGGAAAUCCUUUGAAGAUUUCUCCGGAAAUCCUUCAAGGAUUUCUCCGGAAAUC